CUUAAGUGAUAUAAGCAGCGUGGACAAUGAGGAUGAUGAUACGUUGAUGACUAAAAUGGUGGCUAGUGUUGUUAUAAAUAAUACAAACAACAAGUAUCAAGAACACCCGACGCUUGCAUCACUUCCUCAAUCAACUAUCGAUGAGUUCUUCAGCACAAACGUAAUUCAAGUUGUUGGUGAUUCAACACUUAAACCAAUUAUGUCGUUUGAACAAUUGAUGGUAGACAAAGAAAUUAAACGUGUUUUGGCAAGAUUUGAUAAGCCAACACCAAUUCAGGCUACUUCUUUUAUUGUGCCCGCGGUUAUACAUAUUAAAAGUCCACCAUACAGUCCACCUAAUCAUCAACCUUUUGCUCUUGUCAUUGCACCAACACGCGAACUAGCCAUUCAAACACAUAAACAAUGUGAAAUGUUUGAUUCAACAUGUGGAAUUAAAAGCGUUUGCGUUUAUGGCGGUGUAUCCAAAGGUGAACAACGUAAACUAUUGCGAAAAGGUGCUCAUAUAGUAGUUGCUACACCUGGUCGCCUACUUGAUUUGGCUAACGACGGAGUAUGUGAUAUAAGCAAUGUUAAAUUCCUUGUACUCGAUGAAGCUGAUCGUAUGCUUGACACAGGAUUUGAAGAAGAAGUUCGUAAUAUCAUUCUAAAAACACGAAAAGAUCGUCAAACUGUAAUGUUUUCAGCAACUUGGCCCGAAUCUGUUCGUAAAUUGGCUAAUGAUUUUUUAACUAACCCAAUUCGAGUUACGAUUGGCUCACAAAAACUAGCUGCAAAUAGAAAUGUUACUCAAAUAGUGGAAGUAAUUGAUGAUCCAUCGGAGAAAGAUCUUUUGAUAUUUGUUCUUUACAAAAAAGAAGCUUCACGUGUUGAAAAUAUGUUGGCACGUAAAGGAUAUGAGGCACAAUCUAUUCAUGGUGACAAGAGUCAAUUUCAACGUAUAGAAGCAUUAAAUGCAUUUAGAGAUGGAAUUUAUCCACUUUUGAUCGCAACAGAUGUUGCAUCAAGAGGAUUAGAUAUUCCUGAUGGAAUUUCUCAUACUCUUUUCACAUCUUAUGAUAAAGGACAUUCAGGAGAACUCAUUAGAAUAUUGCGUCAAACCAAUCAACAAAUACCUGACUCAUUACUUCGAUUUGGUAGUGGUACUAAAAAGAAGGAACAUAAAGCUUACGGAGCUUUCUAUAAAGAAAUUGAUCAUAAUGUAAAACCUACGAAAAUCAAAUUUGAGGAUUGA